UACACUAACAAGUCAUCAAGCCGGAUCCGUGACGCGGGGAGGCGGCGGAUGCUCCAUGCAGAACCUCGAAACCACCAAAAUGCCAAAUAACGCAACGCGAUUGUUACGCUUCUUCUUGUACCUCGCGGCAGCUUUACCAGCCGUUAGAACGGCGGAGGUGUCCGUGUGGAACGUAGACGUCAACUCGACACAACAUGCCGUCUUUCGGAAGACGCUGUACGCCAACACCACUAUCUUCAUGAAGUUCCAGGGUGACGUCAGCACGUGCGAUCGAAAUGUGGCCUUCAACAUCAGCUGGUACUUGCGUUCCUCCGUGUGCUACAAUGAGAUCUUCAACACGCCCGACAACAAGGCCAUCAACAUGUUCGCCAUGGAGCACACGCUCAAGGAGGGCUGGAGCGGCUUCUACAGUCAGGGCUACGUCUACUUUGAGAACUGCUCGGCUCUCUUUUUGCCAAAGGUGUACUAUGGCGAUUUUAAUCCAUAUCAACCGCUGACCAGCCUAAAGAGCGACGCUUCAAACCAGAGCCUUGUUUGGCCUGACAAGCCGGACUUGGGUGCCGUCGCCAAGGCGUGGGAGGACAGCCCGUACUUGUUCAUCGUCAAGGUGCAGCCGCUGUUCCGCGGCGCGGAAGAUGACGACUCCGUGGCCGAGCAGCCCAACUUUGCCUUCACCAUGAAAGUGGAGAUGAAAGGAACACAUGACUACUCCUCCCCUGCUGACUGGCCUCAGAUGAUGUUCUUCAUGAUCAUGUGCAUCGUCUACGUGUUCUUCGCCGCCCUCUGGUUCUUCUGGUGCGCUUGCUACUGGCGGGACUUACUCAGGGUGCAGUUCUGGAUCGGCGGUGUCAUCAUCCUGGGCAUGCUGGAGAAGGCCGUCUUCUACUCCGAGUAUCAGAACAUCCGCUACCGAGGAGACUAUGUUGAGGGCGCCGUGAUUUUUGCCGAGCUGCUCUCUGCGCUGAAGCGAUCUCUGGCCCGCAUCCUGGUGCUCAUCGUCAGCCUGGGUUACGGUAUCGUCAAGCCCAGGUUGGGCACCACAGUGCACCGUCUGGCUGCGGUUGGCUUGCUCUACUUGCUCUUCUCAUCGGUGGAAGGCGUGCUCAGGGUGACGGGCGGUUUUUAUGGAACAGUAGCUCUGGUUGCCAACCUCAGUCUCUCCCUCAUUGACUCCUGUGUCAUGUGGUGGAUCUUCAUCAGCCUGUCGCAAACCACUCGUCUGCUGAAGUUGCGUCGGAAUGUGGUCAAGCUUUCCUUGUAUCAGCACUUUACCAACACGCUCAUCUUCUCAAUGCUGGCCUCCAUUGUUUUCAUCAUCUGGACCACCAAAGUCUUCAAGCUGGUGGACUGCCAGAAGAGCUGGAGGGAUUUAUGGGUGGACGACGCCUUUUGGCGGCUGCUCUUCUCCACGAUCCUGCUGGUCAUCAUGGUGCUGCUGCGCCCCUCCGCCAACAACCAGAGGUUCUCCCACUCGCCUCUGAUCGAUGAUGACGACGAAGACGAGGAUGAGGCCAAAGAACCCAUGUUGAACGAAGCUUUUGAGGGGAUGAAGAUGAGAGGAUCCAAACCGGAGUCCAACGGUUCUCAGAAGCUCUUGAGUAAAGAGGAUGAAGACCUGAAAUGGGUCGAGGAGAACAUUCCGACAACUGUGGCUGAUGUAGCUCUCCCCGCAAUGCUAGAUGAGGAAGAGGAAAUCCUGAAAACUAAAAUGGAGCGAUCCAAAAUGGAGUGACUACCCUAGGACACGGGUAACUCUCCAAAGUGACCCAAAGCGGUCAGAAAGCCAUGUGGAAUGUGUCCGUGACUUCGCUCUACAGUCGUCACCCACAUUCCAACUCCACCCACCACACCCCCCACCCAUAAAAAAAAAAAUUGGAUGGGAAACACAAGAUUAGAUUAUCUCCAAUGAGCCAUUUUCUAGAUAUUUGAUAUGGGCUAAAAUGAAGGAAGCAAAGUUUAAUAAAUAAAUAAAUACACUAUAUGACACUCAAGUAAUCAGCUACUGUAUUUCCAUAUUUGAAGCCCAUCACCGAAAUCUGAGGGCGAUCUAGCUAUGGUGUUCCCUCCAAAGAAUGUAACUAAUGCAAGACUUUUGAACUUUUAUUCAAUAUCUAAAUUCCGUGUGGACUUGCACCAUAAAAUGUCGGCUUAAGCACCACCCUCUCUCUACCUUCCCUGCACUCACUCCCUCACCAAAACUCCAAAUAUCACAGGAAAUUAAAGUAAAAUGCUCCAUAUUAUUAUAUCUCGAAAGAAUCUUUUUGGUACUCCAAUCCAGACGUAGUGCACAUAAUGACGUUGAGCUUUUCUGUUCUGUCCGACCCGAUCACAUCUCUGUGCAAAUUACUGUAUAUGCCUGGGUAUCACAAAUGACCUAAUUUAUGCUUAUUUGUCUUGUUCAAAUCAUUUAUUUUGUCUAAAGUCUAACUUUCUGGAUGUUAGUCUGCAAUGUGUAAUUUCAAGCAGUAAAUGUCCAGCGAAUAAAGUUUUUAUUGAAA